AUGCGGCCCACCCGGACUGAUCUCUGGCUGCGCCUGGCCUUGCCCCUGGCCUUGGCCCUCGUUUGCCCCGCAUCUGUGGGGUUGGUCUCGGCCCGGGCCCCCAUCUAUGUCAGCAGCUGGGCCGUGCGGGUGUCUGAGGGUUCCCGGGAGGCCGAGCGCCUGGCACGCAGAUUCGGUUUCGUCAACCUGGGGCUGAUCUUCCCUGAUGGACAGUACUUCCACCUGCGGCACAGGGGUGUGGUCCAGCAGUCCCUGACCCCGCACUGGGGCCACCGCCUGCGCCUGAAGAAAGACCCCAAGGUGCAGUGGUUUGAGCAGCAGACUCUGCAGUGGCGUGUGAAGCGCUCCUUAGUGGCACCCACAGACCCCUGGUUCUCCAAGCAGUGGUACAUGAACAACAAGAUGCAGCCGGAUCUAAACAUCCUGAAAGUCUGGAACCAGGGGCUGUCAGGCCAGGGCAUCGUGGUCUCUGUCCUGGACGAUGGCAUUGAGAAGGACCACCCAGACCUCUGGGCCAACUAUGAUCCCCUGGCCAGCUAUGACUUCAACGACUAUGACCCAGACCCCCAACCACGAUACACUCCCAGUGAUGAGAACCGGCACGGGACCCGCUGUGCUGGGGAAGUAGCAGCCAUAGCUAACAACAGGUUCUGUGGUACAGGCGUCGCCUACAACGCCCGAAUUGGAGGCGUGCGCAUGCUGGAUGGCACCAUUACUGAUGUCAUUGAGGCCCAGUCACUGAGCCUGCAGCCGCAGCACAUCCACAUCUACAGUGCCAGCUGGGGCCCCGAGGACGAUGGCCGAACGGUGGACGGUCCAGGCAUCCUCACCCGAGAAGCUUUCAGGCGUGGCGUCACCCAAGGCCGAGGUGGGCUGGGCACGCUCUUCAUCUGGGCGUCUGGCAAUGGCGGCCUGCACUAUGACAACUGCAACUGUGACGGCUACACCAACAGCAUCCACACUCUCUCUGUGGGCAGCACCACCCAGCAGGGCCAUGUGCCCUGGUACAGCGAAGCCUGCGCCUCCACUCUCACCACCACCUACAGCAGUGGCCUUGUCACCGACCCCCAAAUUGUCACCACGGACCUGUACCACCAGUGCACCGACAAGCAUACAGGCACCUCGGCCUCUGCCCCACUGGCUGCAGGCAUAAUUGCUCUGGCUCUGGAGGCCAACCCGUUCUUGACAUGGAGGGACAUGCAGCACUUGGUGGUUCGUGCAUCCAGGCAGGCACACCUUCAGGCUGAGGACUGGAGGACCAAUGGCGUGGGGCGCCAAGUGAGCCACCACUAUGGCUAUGGGUUGCUGGAUGCUGGGCUGCUGGUAGACUUGGCUCGCACAUGGCUGCCCACACAGCCCCAGAAGAAAUGUGCCAUUCGAGUCCUCCACAAACCCACCCCCAUCCUGGCGCUGAUGCACAUGAGAAAGAAAGUGUCGGCCUGUGCUGGCCGUGCCAACUACAUCCGCUCACUGGAGCAUGUGCAGGUGCAGCUGUCCCUAUCCUACAGCCGCCGGGGGGACCUGGAGAUCUCGCUCACCAGCCCCAUGGGCACCCGCUCCACACUUGUGGCCAUCAGGGACGCUGUACCGCUACACACUGCUGCUCUAUGGGACAGCUGAGGAUAUGACAGUGCGGCCUCCAGGCCCCCAGGUGACCAGCAGCGCGUGUGUGCAGCGGGACACAGAGGGGCUGUGCCAGGGUGA